UCGCACACGCGAAUCAUUACGGCACGAGCACUCGAGAAGGCCACUUCAGGACGGCACGGAGGAAACCGCAGCAGCCGCUAGAGCAGAGGGGAGCAGAGACCAGCAGAGGAACGGCCAGCAGCAGGAGAGGAAUCCGUUCUCGGACCGGCAGAAAGCCAGCAACGGGAGGAAUUUCGUUUUCGGCCCCGCGUAGGAAGGCCAGCAGCAAUAGCCGAAAGAAGAAUCAUCAGCAGAAGGAGGAAAUCAAAAUCCGUUCUCUGGCCGGGGGAAGGCAUGCUGGCUGAUGCUGCAGUUGAGGAGCAAGAAUGAUAAAGACGGUGGAAGUCGCCAGUUCCCGACUCGUCGGUUUUAACAUUAAACGGCCCUUUUCAGGGCCACAAAAUUAUCACGAGAGAGUUAUUCUUGAAUCCAAAUUCAUUGCGUCAGCGAGAAACAUACUGCUAGAAGCCUUAAAAUUAAGUGUAAAUCUUGUUAAACCUAUUUUGCAAAUCCGAUCAUGAUUUUUGCUGCUUCACGCUGAUCGAUUGAAAUGAGCUUCCCAUCUUGGGAUGUAGCAUUCAAGUACCUAGCAGCACCAUUUUUGGCGCUUCAUAACCCUACUGAACUGCGGCUAGACAAGAUGUCCCAGCAUUUGCGGAAGGUGUACAAGGCGUCCUAUCGGAAGCGGAAGAGAGAGGAGGAGAGGCAGUUGGCGGAUGAGCCUACCGCGGCGCCAGUGGACAACGCUGAACGCAAAAGGCGGUACAGGCGACGGAAGCGAGCUGCUGAAGGAGGUGGAGAGCGCGGGGAUGAGUUCCCGGAAGGUUCUGGGGCUGGACCGUCGGUGUCCAAUCCAGGAAAGCGGAGGCGGCAGGGGCGAGUGGGAGAUGCAACGGAAGGGUCGACUGCGUCUGGCAGCACUUCUGCUGAACGUAUGAGACGGUUGCGGGAGAGGAGGAGGACUGGACAGACAACGUUCGGUCGGAGCGAGCAAGGAGGUGCUACCGCGGAUGUUACUUUCGUUGCUGGAGGUGUGCGACGGGGUGGUAGACGAGGAAUCGCGGACAUUUCGGUUCCAAAUUUGGCAUCGGAGAAUCCCGAACAGGGGAUUUAUCCGCCCAUGGAGGCAGACACAAUAAGCCUCCAUGAUCCGGUGGUGCAGAUUGAUGAAGAAGAAAUGCCAUCAAAUUCUGCACCAAGUCAGUCGGAUAGCAUUUCAGAUGGGGCAAGCCAGGAGCCAGGUCCUCGCAAUGCAAGCAGACCGAACUACGACAGGGCCACUCUUGAGUUCCGUAAGCUUUUCGUUGAGAACUCGUUUGGUGCUGUGUGCAGCGUUUGCGACAGACUUUGGUUCAAGAACGACCUGAAGCCCAUCACUGAAGCUGGGGGAAAUGUACUGGUACAAGCCGGCGACUUUGAUUCAACCGAAGGUUUCAUGGUGUGCCAAACCUGCAACAGCAGCUUGAAUCGUGGAAAGGUCCCAACCCUGUCCAAAAGCAACGGAUUUGUUUACCCGCCGAUUCCACCGGGUCUUCCCAAACUGGAUAUGAUCAGCAAGCGGCUGAUUUCUCCCCGUUUCAUCUUUCUGGUGAUUCGUCGUCUGUGUCAUGCUUUGGGCAACUAUGGUAUCAUUGGGCAGGUGAUCAACGUGCCGGUAGACGUUGAGGAGAUGGUUCGGGUUCUUCCUCGCGAUCUUGAUAAUGACUGUGCGAUUAAUGUGAGCUUCAAGAAGCACACUGCACACAAAUCGAGCCAUUACUCAGGGUGGGUUUGCAAGGGGACUGUUUAUGCUUGGCUCAAGUAUCUCGUAACUACUCCGUUGUAUAAACGUGAGGGCAUUACUUUUGACGAAGAACGAUUGAAUGCGUUCGGAGCAGAUCCACAGGAGGGUCCCUCGCGGGCGGAAGAAGCCAUGCCACUGGAUAUCAUCGAUGAUGAAGCCGAGCUGUUGGCUAGCAUGCAACAAACUGCGAUGUGGAACGAAGACAUGUACCUGGAGCUUUGCCCUACCAUGAACCGAAUGCCCUCGAGUAUUUUGUACGAUGAGAAUGCUGAGGAGUUGAGCAAUCCCGACAUAUACUUUGGGGUCCCGACAACGAUCAAGCAAGGCGUACAAGCUACUGUGUUCAACAAGGCGAGCAGUGAAGCUAGGCGAGCUGACAGGCGGGGUGCUCGUCCAGAUCACAUUCUGGCCAUGGCCAUGAAGGUGUUAUACUGCCGUAUGAUUGAAGGGCUCAAAUGUCACUUCAAAUCUGUGGGAACAGAUAACGUCACACGUGCCCAGCUCAGCGAUCCAGAGUUCCAGAGGAAUAUGAUGGAGAUUGGCUUGGCUUUCUUCAAAGGGAUACCGAACUCUGUGCAGUACUGGCAAGGACGCAAACAGGACCUCUUCGCCAUGAUUCGACAGUUGGGUAAACCAACAAUGUUUCUCACCUUGAGCGCCAGUGAAACUCAAUGGGAAGAACUGUUGAAGGUGCUGCACAAAUUGUCCAGUGACUACGAUGACCUUGAAUUGGCCGACCCGCUGUCGGAGUUAAGCGCGUUUCAAAAGGCAAAGUUGGUCGUUGAAGAUCCUGUGACGUGUGUUGCAUACAUCGACAAGCUUGUUGACGUCAUAAUGCGCAUCUUGAAGUCCAAACGGUUCAGUCCAUUUGGUAAAUACUACGUUGUGGAUUACUUCAAGCGGAUCGAGUUUCAACAACGUGGUAGCGCGCAUGCCCACAUCAUGCUCUGGUGUGCAAACGAUCCUCGUGAGGACGUUUCCGAGGACAUGCCCGCCACCAUUGAAAUGAUCAACACUCUCUGCUCCAUCGAUGCCUUCCGUUGGUUGGGACCACUGCUUGGCAAGAAGCAAGAGCACGCUCACACACGUACAUGUUACAAACACAACGAUAAACGUUGUCGUUUCAACAUUCCGUACUGGCCGAUGAACGAGGAUCGGGUAUUGGUGCCCCUUCCGGCUGAUGACAGUCGUCGUUCUGCACUGAAGAAACGUGCUCUCGAGUUUCGUGAGAUUCUGGAAACGAAGACUUUCGAAACUCUCGAAGACUUUCUGGCCGAUUGUGAGUGUACCGAGGAAUACUACUUCGAAGUGAUUCGUGCAUGGCUACAGCGACCAGCGUUCUUCUUCAAGCGUCCGAUGAAUCAGCUCUACAUGAAUCCAUUCAACGUUUGGAUUGGCGGUGUACUUCGCUCCAACAGUGAUCUGCAGUUCAUCAUGGACGAGUACUCGUGCGCCUCUUAUUUGGUUGAUUACGUCAACAAGACAAAUCGAGGCAUCAGCGCGUUUCACCGAGAGCUUCUCGAGCUGCAGGAGCAGUAUCCCGACUACGACUAUCAAGGCUUGCUGAAGAAGUUGGGCGUGAGAGUACUCAACAGUGUUGAGAUGUGCUCACAGGAAGCAGCGUGGAUCUUGCUCCGGUUACCAAUGUCCGAAGCAAGCCGGAAAAUCGAAUUUGUGCCGACAAUGUGGCCAAAUGAGAGAACCCGAUGCCGGAAGCGACACCAGCAGAUGGACGACGAGGGACUCGACGACGACUCAACGGACGAAUGGACCAGAAACAUCGUCCAGAAGUAUGAGGAUCGCGAUGGAUUGGAGGAUGUGUGCCUGGCUGAUUUCGUCGCAUGGUAUGCACCGAUGAAAAGCACCAAAAACAGCUACAAGCUGCGAGGCACUGCCAAAAUCCUGCGAUGGCGAGGAUACCCGAUGAGCGAAAUGGUCGAGUACAAGCGAGAGGCAGUGCUCCUGUUUUUGCCGUUCCGGAAUGAACGAGUCGACCUGCUGGACCAGAACAAAUUCCUCCAAUUGUACGAUUCGCAUGAGACAGAGCUCAUCGCGAAACGUAAGGAAUACGAUUGUGAGUUGAAUUUGGAGCAGACCGUUGAGGAAUACCUCCGAAUAAUCGCACAGGAAGGCGAUGGCGAGCAAGAGAGAGCCGCCACGGAGAAGCACAACGAGUACGUGAGGAGCAUCGACAUGCAGCCAAACAACGAUGACAUCGAAAACCUGCCGACUUCUGCACUGCGAGCGAUUGUGAAACAACUUUCGAAUGUCAUGCCAAAAGCUGACUACUGUGCCUGGAUGCGGCAGGCUAACGAGAAGCAGCGCAUGUUGAUCCUCCACAUCAUCCAUCGACUGACGAGCUUUGAUCCUGAAAUUCCAGCGAUGCAGAUCUUCCUGACUGGACCAGCGGGUAGUGGUAAAACGUUCACACUGCGUCUGAUGAUGGAAACCUAUAACCGGUACAGCCAAGGUCACAACUCUCGCAACAACGCGUAUAUUGCAUGUGCGUCGACAGGCAAAGCCGCCGUUAACAUUGACGGUGUUACGGUCCAUCGUGCCUACCGCAUUGCAAUAUCGCGCCAGAGUGACUCAAAGCUUAGCCCUGAAUGGCUGCAGACGUACCGAAAUGAAUUCCGGAACGUGAAGCUCCACAUUGUAGAUGAAGUUAGUAUGCUUAGCGCAGGUAACUUCAGAACAAUGCACAUACGUUUGCAGGAUAUUCAUUUGGACCACCUUCACCCAUUCGCUAACCAGAACGUUACGUUUACCGGAGAUUUACAUCAGCUGAAUCCAGUCAAUGCUUUACCAAUCUAUAAGGCUCCGAGAAAUUCGAUUGGUGGAUCUUGGCUGUGGGAUUACAUCCGACUGUACGAGUUGGAUCAGGUCAUGCGUCAGACCGAUGUGGUGUUCUCCACCAUCCUCACCGCGAUUGGCGAAGGCAAGAAACUGACGGAUGAACAGAAGACGCUGAUCGAGAGUCGGUUCAAGUCAGUGGAGGACUGCCAACGGAAGCUCCCAACGCCGUUUGGCUGUUCCAUCAAAACGUUGAUGUCGAUCGGUUCAACAGAGAAGCGUUGA